AUGGGUCGGGCCAAUAUAAUUAAGACCAUUCAUCAAGCUGUGUCUGCGGCGGUGAAGCUAAGUAGAGGCGUCAAGAGAUUUGUGAUAUACGUGAAAAGGGGUGUUUAUAAGGAAAAUGUGGAGAUCAAGAAAUCUAUGAAGAACAUCAUGUUCAUUAGAGAUGGGAUUGAUGCUACCAUUAUUACUGGUAGCAAAAACGUCCAAGAUGGCUCCAUCACUUUUCGUUCCGCCACUUUUGUUAUAAUGACUUCAUCAAGUGCUUCGGCUACUCAAAGUGUUGGAUCUUCUGACGCAUCUAUACUUAAAAGGAGAUCAAAUGAUGUAGGGUGGGAAUAUGGUAUUUUAGUUGAUGGGAAAUAUUUGGAUAAAGUAAAAUGCUUGUUGUGCGGGAAAGUUUUAUCCGGUGGAGUGCAUCGAAUAAAAGAGCAUAUUGGUCAUAUACAAGGAAACGUUACUCCGUGUUCUAAAGCUACUAAAGAUGAUCAACUUAAGUGUAGAAAUGCAAUCAAUGAAGUCAAGAUGAGAAGGAAAAAUAAAAAAUUUAAUGAAGAUAAUUUAAGAGCCGAGGUGAAUAUUGAUAGUAGAAGUGAGUCAAUUAAUGUUGAGGACUUGCAAGGGUCUCUUGGAUCUAUGAAGCCACCACGUUCACUUGGCCCAAUGGAUAAGUUUGCAAGUGGCAUAAAUCCCGAACCUUUCAUGAAUUUAGGAAAGACAUUGCAACAACAACGUAUUGAUGGUGCAAUAUGGAAGGAAAGGACAAAUAAAGUGAAAGAAUAUAUAUGUAGAUGGGCAUAUGAGGCCGCUAUUCCUUUUCAUGCAUUUGAAAAAGAUAGCUUUAAGAUGAUGUUAGAAGUAGUUGGACAAUUCAGUCCCGGAGUUGAAUCACCAAGUAGAUAUGUGAUGAGUGAAAUAUUCUUGAAAAAAGAAGUUGAUAAAGUUCGUGAGUCUUUGAAGAUACAUGAAGAGGAGUGGAAGCUAAAUGGGUGCUCAAUCAUGACGGAUGCUUGGACCGAUAGAAAGAUAAGAAGUGUAAUGAAUUUGUGUGUGAAUUCAAAUUUGGGCACCGUUUUCCUUUCUUCUAAAGAAUGUUCACUUGAUUCACACACAAGUCAAUAUAUUUAUGAGUUUGUUGAGCAUGGCAUUGAACAAGUUGGAGUUGAAAAUGUUGUUCAAGUUGUCACGGAUAACGCCUCAAACAACAUGGGAGCUUCAAAGUUGUUGAAAGAGAAGAGGCCAACCAUCUUUUGGACUUCUUGUGCCACUCACACGAUAAAUCUAAUGCUUCAAAGCAUUGGAAAUCUCCCGAGGUACAAGAAAGUCCUUGAUCAAGCAAAGGCAUUAACGAUAUUUAUUUAUGCUCAUCACACGACUUUGGCAAUGAUGAGAAAUUUCACAAAGAAGAGAGAUAUAGUGAGGCCCGGUGUGACUAGAUUUGCAUCUUCAUUCAUUACUUUGCAAAGUUUAGCCGAGAAGAAGAUUGAAUUAAGGGCAAUGUUUUCUAGCAAUGAAUGUGAGGCAUGUAAAUUUUCCAAGAUAGCUAAAGGGAAGGUAGCACACACAACCGUAACAAGUUUGGGAUUUUGGCAAGGUGUAACGGCAUGUUUGAAGGUUUUUGCACCAUUGGUGAGAGUACUUCGACUUGUUGAUUGUGAUAGCAAGCCAUCAAUGGGGUUUGUAUAUGGUGAGCUUAUGAGAGCUAAAGAGGAAAUCAAACAUGCUUUGUCCGAUGUCCCAAGGAACUAUAAAUCGAUUAUUGACAUUAUUGAAGAAAAAAUGAAAGAUAGGCUUGACUCUCCUCUUCAUUUGAUGGCAUAUUUGUUGAACCCUUAUUACCAUUAUAAGGAUCCACAACUUCAUUUGGAUGAAGCUGUAGGUGUUGGAGUUGUUGAUUUUUGUGAUAUUCUAUUCGUCAAUGAUUUUGACAUGCAAAAUAAGAUUUUAAGUGAAGAAUUGCCAAAAUAUAAGAAGAAGGAGGGGAUGUUUGGAAGAAGUAUCGCAAUCAAAGCAUGUGGGGUGAAGGGAUGA